AACAAAAGCACGCCUAAACCAAACAUAUCAUCAUCUUAAUUUCUGUCUGUCUCUAUUUUAGAGGAUUCCAGUCUCGUACGCCUUCUUCCUCCUCUGCCCAUGGUGGUGAUUAAUUAUUUUGGAGUUGCUGCUGCUCGCCUUGGGGGAAAACACCACCUCCUGAGCAAGCGAGAGGUCGCGUCUUAGCUCUGCCAUGGCCUUCGACAUGAGCUACUGCCUGAGCUGGAGAGUGGCGGUGGAGGCCAACAAUGCCCGGGCGUGGCGCACAGUCCCGGCGCAAUGCGUCCCCUACGUCGAGGACUACAUGCUCGGCGGCCAGUACUGCCGGGACCUCGACACCGUCGUCGACCAGAUCGGCGUUUACAUAAACGGGAUCACGGCCGCCUCGGACGGGAUGGACGCUUGGAUUCUCGACGUCGACGACACCUGCCUGUCCAACACGCUCUACUACAAGGACAGGCACUUCGGCGGGGAUCCAUUUGACCCGAUGGCAUUCAAGAGCUGGGCUCUGAGAGGGAUCUCGCCGGCCAUUCUCGCCGUGCUUAGGCUGUACGGAAGGCUAAUAGAGAAGGGUUUCAAGGUGUUUCUUAUCACCGGAAGGGAUGAAGAGGUGUUCUACUUGUCCACUGAACAUAAUCUUCACGCGCAGGGCUUCAUUGGCUACGAGAGGUUGAUCAUGAGAAGUGCAGAGUAUAGAGGAGUAGCCGCGACCGUGUUCAAAUCUGCGAUGAGGAAGCAGCUGGUAGCUGAAGGUUUCAGGAUCCGAGGAAACGUCGGCGAUCAAUGGAGCGAUCUCUUGGGCGAUUGCACCGGCGAUCGCUUUUUUAAAAUCCCUAAUCCCAUGUACUUUGUUCCAUGAACAACAACAACUAUUCUUAGUUUCUCUGACUUUCACUUUGUCCAACAGAAGUAGUAAUUAAUAGGCCAACGAAGUUGCUUAAUUGUGCAUCUAAUGCAUUCUUAAAUCAUGAAAUUUGAGAAACUUGGAAAUUAUGAACUUCCAUACAAUGAUAUGGGCAGAGCUAUUUUCAAGCCGAUUUUAUUUUAUUUUAUUUCAUAGUUCA